AUGUCAACCUCACCCACCACAAUUGGAGCCGAUUCAACAGAUCGUGUUGAAGAAGCGAUAGAGAAGCAUCGCCUGUCCAAGAGAGGAGCCUUCAACUAUACUUAUCGAGAUGUCUGGGGCCCACGUGAAGAUGCUAUGGCUAAUCCGUGGUCACCGAAUAACCCAGAUGGCCUGCCAAGCAUUCUUCUCCGCUUAGCUGAGAAUAAUCUGCUACAUGGAGAGGUGGCCGAUUUUAUCACAAAGCAGUUGUCUGUUCUACCCUCGAAUCAUCUCACCUACAGCACUGGGCCCCGGGGCUCGCGGCGCCUCCGAAAGGCUGUGGCCGAAUUUCUCACAGAUGAGUUUCACUCUCGAGAACCCAUCACACUCGACGACAUCUUCAUCACACCAGGAUUGACCAGCGCAAUCGAUGCCAUAACAUGGUCAAUCUGUGACGAGGGAGAUGGGAUUCUCAUCCCAAGGCCCUUCUACAAUGGCUUCAACAUUGACAUUCUGCAUCGUAGUAGUGCACGUGUAGUGGGCGUCACUUACCAUGAUCUUGACGGCUACACUGGCCUUGACGAUGUCUUUCGCCCAGACAUGAAUCGCAAAGCACUCCAAUCUGCCUUUGAGAAGGCAACGCAAGAAGGAACCAAGAUUCGUGCCUUGAUGAUAUCGAAUCCACAUAACCCAUUGGGAAGAUGCUACCCUCCCGAGACACUCGAGGAGUUUACGUCAUUUUGCUCAAAACACAAUCUGCACUUGAUAUCGGACGAGAUCUAUGCCAAGUCGGUGUUUGAUAACCCAGCCAUGACAACCCCAACGCCAUUUGUUUCCACACUUGCCCUCGACAUGCGCAAGAUCAUAGAUCCUACACAAUUAAAUGUUUUGUAUGGCGCAAGUAAAGACUUUUGUGCCAAUGGUCUAAGAUUAGGAUGUAUUUAUUCUAAGAACAAGGGGCUUUUAGGUGCGAUAUCAAGCAUUAGCCCAUUCUCUUGGUCACCUCAUAUUCUUCAAGAUGUUUGGGCGGCCAUGCUCGAAGACAGGGCAUGGACACGGCACAUGAUGCAGAGAAAGACGAGGCUCACGGCGGCCGACUAUCGAACAAUUACCUCGUUUCUGAAGCAGAAUAAUAUCGGUUUCUAUCCCAUGAACGCUGGUUUGUUCCUCUGGGUCGACCUUCGUCACCUUUUUCACUCAUGCUCGCCCGUUCAAGAUUCAGCUUUUGUACAAUCUCGCAGUGUACACACCAAAGCCAUCAAAGACAAGCUUAUGGAACUCUGCGGUCAAACCGGAGUGAUGAUCGCCCCAGGUAGCUUGUACGAGACGGAAGAGCUUGGCUGGUUCCGGAUCACCUUUACUGUAGGCCAGGAAGCCUUGAAGGAGGGCCUGGCUCGGAUUUUAAAGGCUCUCCAAGACUUUAAAGCAUGCAAGACGGUUGCAGGUUGA